GAUUUUCUUCCCGUUUGGUUCAUCCAGGUUCUCCACCUGGUCGUCUCUGUGAGGAGGACGUCCGUAAAGACCAGCGGCUCCUUCACCAGGAGGAAGUCGGACCUCCCCAACAACUACAACUCCCCGAGAUUAAAAGGAAGAAGAAACCACUGCAGCUUCCAGAGGUCAAAGACGAACAUGACGAACUGUGUGUCAGUCAGGAAGCUGAGCAGCUCGUUCUGAAGCAGGAGACGGAAACACUGAUGGUGACAGUCGAGUAUGAUGAACCCGAACCAAGCAACGACCCACUCCUCCCUCAGAGAUCUCCCAAAGCCGAGACUCUGGAGUCAGGGACGAGCAGGUCUGAGGAGCUGGAAGUAAACCGUCUGUCUGAACCAAGCACAAGUAGAACACCUGUCAAAUGUGACUUCUGUGAGAAAGAGUUCAGGUUUCAGUACGCCAUGAGGAGGCAUCGCAAAAUCCACACCGGAGAGAAACCGUUCUCCUGCAAAACCUGUGGGAAGAGUUUCAUCAGAAAGUUUGCUCUGCUGACCCACAUGAGGGUCCACACUGGGGAGAAGCCAUACUCCUGCUCCGUCUGUGGGAAAUGUUUCCGCUGCAGCAGCGACCUGUCAAAGCACACCAGCAUCCACUCCAGUGAGAAACCGUACUCCUGUGAAACCUGCCGGAAGAGCUUCACCACCAAGCGCAGUCUGAUCCUCCACAGCCGGUGUCACUCAGAGGAGAAACCUUACUUCUGUCCCAUUUGUCACAAAGGCUUCAGGAGGAGCGACAACCUUUCAGUUCACAUGAGAACCCAUAUGGAUGAGAAACUGUUCACAUGUGAGUUCUGUGGUAAAAGUUUCAACCAGAACGUCCAUCUGGUGAUCCACAGGAGGACCCAUACGGGGGAGAGCCCGUUCCCAUGCAGCAUGUGUGAGAAACGUUUUAAGAACCGCUCUGCUCUGAACAGUCAUCUCCGGCUGCACGCUCCAGACCCGCUGUAGGAAACCAGAACAGAACCAGAACCAGGAGCUCUGCUGACGCGCCCAGUUUUCAGAUUGUUUUAUUCCUUCUGGUUCCUUUGAGGCAUUUCCAUGGUUUCCAUUGUUUUCGGGUCAGAACCGGGUGUCUGGGUCCGGCUAUCCUCAGAACUGCAGAACUUCUCCAUGAGGACUUAAGGUCCAGAAACGUCUGGUGACCUUCUGACCUUUAGAUCCCAUCCAGGUUUAUCUUGACUUUGUCCGUUUUCCAUCUGAAUGCAUGAAUUACAUCUGCAGAUUGUUUUUCAACUUAAAUGUUAAAUAAUAAAUCUAAAUUAUGUAGAUAUUUUCAGAUAUGAGAAAAUCAGCUUCAGUUCAGCAGAAACAUUUUAAUAACUUUAUGAUGUGUAUUUAGUAACAGCUUGAGGAUUUCUGCUCUGAAGUACAUUUAGAUUUUCACACCAUGAACCAUCAGAUGGGAUAAAUUGGAGGAAAUUAUAUUUUAAAUCAGAAAUGAAAUUAUUUUCUUUUUGUUUAGAAACAACCUUUAAAGUCACUAAAUGUUUUUUUAAUUAUUUCUGAGCCGCAGAUGUUCAAUAAUCUGAUUAUUAAAAACUGAAUUAAAAUGAUGUAAAUAUUUUUAG